AGGCUGGGGCAGGGAACAGACAGACAGACAGACAGACAGCAUGAGACUCACGCUCGCCUGGCUCAGCGUCUGCCUGGCGAUUUAUUGCAGCGGCCACGGCCACGGCCACAGCCACAGUCAGGUCCAAGGCAAUGUGGUCCUAUCUUUGCCACCAUCGCUUAUCGCCACGGCCACGGAGGCGGCGGCCUUGAGGCAGCAGCAGCCACCGCGCUGGAAAAAGGAUGCACGCGUCCUGUUUGACAGCGGCAACGAUGCACUGCGCGAUAUGCUGCAGCACCACGACAAUGUGGACUUGGAUGUGGAGCAGCAGCAGCAGCAGCAGCAGCAACCGCAAGUCGCGGCUUUUAAUCGAAAAGCACUGCACGAGGCAGAUGAUUUAGUUGCCGCCGCGUCUGUUGGGGCACAGGAAAUUGCAGGCGCACAGCAGCGGGGCAGCCAGUAUGGCGGUGCCACGCCCAGCCACAAAUACUGGGCCAGCCGCUGUCAGGGUCGCUUGGGUCCGUCUGCCAAGUGUCCGCCGGAAUAUUAUCGCGCCAUGAUGGCAGCCAGGAACAAAGAGGCCAUGGCCCGGCUCCACAUGCAACUCAACUCGAUGCAGGACACUGAUUCAUCCAGCUCUGACAGCUACAACGAGGAGCUGGAUGACGCUGAGGAGGAGGAGGAGGAGAACGACGAGCAAACCAGCAGCAAUGAGGUCUUCAUGCUGCUCACUGGCGAACAGGAUCUGAUCAAGUUCCUGCACUGGGCCAUGCAGCUGCUGUAUCCCUACGAGCGGCCCGAGGGCAACCGCAGCGAGAGUGCCGCCGAGCACUACCAUCCGGGCAUGUUCCUGUGGAAGAAGCUCAACCUGUCGGGGCACCUCGAGCCACCGCUGAUUGUGGAUGAGCCGCAGUUUGUGCUGGUGCGACGCGAGAAGCUGCUGGAUGGCUAUCAUUUGGAGGACAUGACCAAGGAGGACGAUCCCUUUAUACCCCCGCGUGGACGCAAACACAACUCGCCCGAUCUGAAUGCUCUGCUCAAUCGCUAUGAGACUUUUGUGCCGAAUCGCGGCAGGCGCGACAAGGUCAAGGAUCUGUUCAAGUACGACGAUCUGUUCUUUCCGAAUCGCGGCAAGAAGCAGCGCAACAUCUUCCACCUCGACGAUCCCUUCUACCCGAAUCGCGGCAAGAAGCUGCAGCUGCGCGAUCUCUACAACAUCGACGAUCCAUUCUUUCCGAAUCGCGGCAAGCGGCACUUGACCAAGGCAGCGGGGCCUGGCAUCGAUCUGUGGGGAAAACUGCUGCCAGAUGACAGCGACUGGCAAGGAAUGUCAACGCAUAAAAUGAAUAGCUACGAUCCAUCAGUCAGGCCAUCAAUGUCAGCGGAGGAUCCCACUGCCGCAGCUGAGGGCGCUCGCUGGCGACGUCUGGCCCGCGGCUUGCUGCAGCCCGCUAAUAGAUUACACGCGACAAGAUCAAUGUCAGCGAGUGGACAACGAGCGAUGGCAAUGGGAGUGCAGCAAUUGUUGCCACAAAGCAAUCCGUACAUGCCCCGCCAGCAGCAGGUGAGACCUGCCUUCUGGCAGCAGCGCCUCAAGCGCUCGCUGCGGCUGGCCGAUGCCCCCGAGACACAAUUAACGCGUGCACCCAAUGCUAAUCCGGACUCGGACUCGGACACGGACACGGACACGGAUGCCGCGUGGGCCUGGGACACGGAGGCUGCCAAUUGGCGCAUUUAA